CAAGUUUGUCGAGAUGUCCAUUGCAGGUGUUCAUGAUACACCAGGCAAGACUGCGGAGGUGGGCACUUAUGGCGUGCACGACAACGUCCAACAUGGCGACUUUGUCACCGAGAACGAAGAGAGGGAUUUGAGGCGAGGUCUAGCGCAGAGGCAUAUUCAGAUGAUUGCGCNNUUGCUGGUAACAAAAUCCCAAUUGCGUCUCUUUACAUGGUCUGACACAACUGCAGGUGCAAUCGGGACUGGACUAUUCCUUGGACUUGGAUCCUCUUUACAGACUGGUGGACCUCUCGGCGCUUUACUCGGAUAUGCUUUCGUUGGUCUCAUCGUUUGUGCUGUUCAAUUCGCUCUUGGUGAGGUUACUGCACUUUUACCUGUUACUGGAUCUUUCAUCCGCCACGCCGAGUUUCUUGUUGAUCCUGCAUUGGGCUUUGCUAUAGGAUGGAACACCGUCUAUGGCAAUNUUUUGAGCAUUCCUUCGGAGAUUUCGGCGAUCACUGUACUUUUCCAGUAUUGGACUGACAUCAACUCAUCUCUCUGGAUCAUCAUCUUCAUACUGUUGACUUUCGUGGUUGGCAUCACAUUCGUCGGCAUUUAUGGCGAGGUCGAGUUCUUCAUGGCAAUGUUGAAGAUCACUUUGAUCGUUGGACUGGUUAUCCUAGGUCUUUGCAUUGAUCUUGGUGGUGUACCGGGAACCUCACGCAUAGGCUUCAGAUACUGGGUAAAUCCGGGUCCUUGGGUUGAACACAUUGCUUCUGGAUCGUGGGGCAAGUUCCUCGGGUUCUGGUCCGUCAUGAUCAAUGCAGUGUUUUCCUUUUCUGGAGUCGAGUCCAUCGCUAUGGCUGCUGCCGAAACAAGAAACCCGCGUCAAAACAUUCCGAAGGCGUGUAAAAGAGUAUUUGCACGUGUAGCACUUUUUUACAUCGUCACUGUCCUGAUCGUGGGCAUGUUGGUGCCCAGUGAUGAUGAGCGUUUGAAUGAUGAGAGCGGCACUGCAGCCCAAAGUCCGUUUGUGAUUGCUGCUUCCGCGGCUGGCAUCAAGGCCAUCCCAUCUAUUGUCAAUGCUGUGGUCAUUACUUCCGCCUGGUCAUCCUCCAACCAAGCCCUGCUGGCUGGAACACGUGUACUCUACUCUUUGGCACUGAAGAAACAAGCUCCUGCUAUCUUUNUGCGCACCACAUCUUGGGGAGUACCUUAUAUGUGUGUUCUCCUUCAAACACUGUUCAUGUUCUUGGCCUUCAUGAGUCUGUCUUCUGGAGCUUUGACUGUCUUUUAUUGGUUCGUGGACUUGGUGGGUUGUGGUGUUUUGAUCUCCUGGUCUUGCAUUCUUGUCAAUCAUUUGAGACUUCUCUCUGCGAUGAAGAAGCAGGGGAUCGAGAGGGCAGAGUUGCCGUGGCAUAACAGAUGGACUCCUUGUUUGUUGAUUCUGCUGACCAAUGGUUUUGCUGUCUUUACCCAUGGCGGCUGGUCGGCUAGUUCGUUCGUCUCGUCCUACCUGUAUGUUGCCUUUUUCCCUCAAUCUCCUCGAGCGACGCUAACAAAUCUCCCAGCGNAUAUCCCUCUCAUCCUUGUCGCCUACCUUGGAUGGAAGUACUUCAAGGGAACGAAGUUUGUCGCUCUAAGAGACAUCCCCAUCAGAGCUGCUUUGGACGAAAUCAAGGAUAACCCUGAGACGCCCGAGCCUGUACGCAAAGGCUGGAAAGGCGUUGUAAUGAAACUGCUUUGGGAG